AUGAUAUUUGACAAAGCAAAAGUAGAAGAGAAAAUAACCCCAAUAAUUAAUGAAUACAAUGCAAAACCAAUCAACUUUACGAGUUGCACUCCUAAACUACUUUCUGCCAUAUUAGAUGUAUGCAGAAGAGGCCAAGUUUUUGAAGACCGCAAUGAAUUGCUAAAUAAUCUAGCAUAUAAUGCAUUUGUUGUAUUUUUAACACGAUAUAUUAAUGAAAAGCCAGUAACUAGCAAUGAUAUGUGCAUGUCUAUUAUAGAAUCAGCUAUAACAGACACUCAAUCAGUUCUAUCUGGUAUAGAAGGGUGUUCGAACGUAUUAGAAAGCCCAGAGAAAUUAAGUGCUUAUUAUAGCAUAAUGAAUAAUAAUCAUUUAUUUCUAAUGAAUAUUUCAACAGUAAUAGAGUAUAUAUCUAAUGAUAUAAAAGAUGCACUGAACAUGCAUAACCGGAAAUUAUCAUUAGAUUCUGUUAGUAGUUCAAGUGCAAUACAAACUCUAUUCAUGAAAAGUACUUCUGAUGAAUAUUCAAGGUUUCAGAGAGCAGUAGAAAUAAUAACAGAGAAUUGUGGACAGUUCACUAAGUAUAAUGACAGUGGGGAGAAAGUGUCAAAUUUAGAGAAUCUUAAUCUAUCUGAAGAAGAUAUUCAAACAUUACACUUGUUUACAUCUAUCAGAUCCAUAGAUUUAUCUAUAAUAUCAGAAAAAUUACAAAAGUCAAUUAUUAUAGAAGAUGAAAAAAGACAAACCUAUUCUACUUAUAGAAGCCUAUUGUACCACUUCUUUUUCUUUAUACCCAAAAAUGGAUCUGUUUCCUAUUUAAAUAUAUUUGCUCCUACUAAUGCAAAUUACUGUGAGAAUUCAUUUAAAAAAGGAUUAUCUUUACUACAAGACUGUGCUGAUAAAAACAAUCUCUAUUUCAAUAUUUCUAAUCAUGGCAUUAACACUUUAACCCGAAUUGAUGGAUUUGAUUUACAUAAUUUCAUUAAGAUAGUUGGUAGUAAUUAUACAAGAAUGUUUACUGAGCACAUAAGUUCUCUUUUUAGUUCACAUAUUGAUAUAAUGAAGAAUUAUCAUGCAUGUGAUAAAGUAGUUCCUAAUCUUAAUUAUAUAGUAAACCAUAACACACAUAAUCUGCCCAUGUUACACAUAGAAAAAGAACAAAAACCAGCUAAAGACUCAUCUAAAUUAAAGUCUUGGCUAUCUAUAUUAUCUGUUUCAGGGAUAUUAUUAAUUCUACUAAUAAUUGCUACUACCAUAUAUAUACAUUAUCGCAGUAGAUUAAGUACUAAUGCAGAUAAGUUAUGCAAAUCAUUUAGUACUAAUAAUUCUAAAUUUAAAUAUAAAGAAUUAACAGAUUCUAUCCGCAAGUAUAAUAAUAUAUAUAGGUAAUUAACACAUAUACUUGGAUAUACCUAGA